CGCGAAGAGCGACGUUGUUUUACCCUUUUGAGACGCCCCUGGAGGAGCCUCUGCUGGGGAGAGCAUUUUUAAACAGGCGCUGGAAUAAAGGGGUCAGGAGUCUGUGGACCCGAAACUAAAACUAGUUUUGGCUGCCCGCGGGAGUGCUUAAACUGCCGCUCGGCUUGGAGGUGAAGGCGCAACCCGGCGCGCCAGGGCAAGGCGGGUUAAAGCCUUCUUUCGAUCGAAGCGGCCGGACUGAAGGUAUCCCCGGGCGCUUUCCAACGUCCUCCUUGGCCAGUCCUCCAGAAGGUCGCCAGUGCAAAUGCCACAGUGAGCAUGUAUUAUAAUUAAAAGAAUAAUUAUACCAUGGCUACAGGAGACCUAAAAGGAAACUUGCAUAAGAUAGAACAAAAACUCCGGGUUAUAAAUUAUCCUAGUGAUGUGGAUUAUAUGGGGUUGGCAAAGGGUGAUCCAUCUGUAUAUUUACCAAUCAUUAGCUACUGUUUCACAUCAUUCUCAACAUAUAUUGCAGAACUUGUAAUGGAUUCAGGGAUGGAACUUACAGCAAAGAAUGAUUCACGUUUUGUUGAUGCUAUGUAUAAGCUUCUUCGUGAUCAAUUUCAGUACAAACCAGUCCUGUCAAAACAGCAGUUCCUUCAAUAUGGCUUUGCAGAAAGAAAAAUACAGAUUGUUUGUGAUAUUAUUAGUUACAUUUAUAAAAGGCACAAAGAAUUCAGUAACAUGAAUAAGAUAAAAUCCCAAUCAGAAAAGAAAGCCCAUGUGGUUAAAUCUCUAUCCCACACAGGUUUUUCCAAUCCGUCUGUUACUGUAGCUAUCAGUACUAUGGAUUUGCAGCAGAAACCUCAAAUAGAACGUCAUGAAGGUGUGACUAGCGUGCAUAUCCCUGAAGAUUUCAUCAGUGAAACAUUGCAGGAAGUGAAAGAUUACGUUGUAAAUAAAGUUGAAGUUUUGGACUAUGACACUGAUGUUUCGGAUAAUAUAGAUGUAGAGGUUUUAAAGAAGGACAAUGAAUUAGAAGACUUGAAAAGUCAACUUGUUGAACUGCAGCAAAAGUUUCAUUCAUUGAGCAAUGUGGACGAAAAGUUACAGACUUUAGAAAAAAAACUGCAAGGGAAAAUUGUUAUAGAAGAGAAUGAGUGGAAUAAUCUUUUGAGCCGUGUCCUCCUCCUUGAAACACAACUGUUACUUCAUUCCAAAACAGCUGAUUUGUCUACAAAAUUAAAUAAUGUAUGUGAAGAAGAUUCUUCUACCAGAAACACAACUCUAUCUUCUGAUAAAGAGAAAGUAGAAUUGCCAGACAAUCCUCAUCAGUCAUCUGGAUAUAGUUCGUUGUUAUCUGCAGAUCCAUCUCCCGAAGUCCUGGCUGUUGAUGAUGAUGUGUCAGAGAUUUCAAAGGAAACAACAAUUCAAAAAAUGGAAAGAAUAAGCAAAAUGGUUGAGGAAACUUCAGAAUUGUUGAAGAUUUCACGUAACACCUCUUCAGAGUAUUCUACUCAACCUGAGAACUGAAAUUGAUUAUGUGUGUCCAUGAUUUUUUUUAGAAUUCUUUGGAUCGUUUUUUGUUGUGUUUGGGAUUGAAAUUAUUUAAACUGUUCCUUUUUAAAAAUAUAUAUUUUAUAUAUGUGUGUGCCAUUGAUAUGUAUAUUACAAAUAACUCAAUAUGUGGCAACAUUAAUUUACCCACAGUCCAUUUUUGUAACAAACUUUGCUGACAUCAGGUUAAAUGGCAUAUAAUUUUAAAGAACAGGCUCAAUGAACAGGCUCAUAUUUUAUACUUUGUUGGAAAUAUUUUAGCUGGGGCUUGCAUAUUGUGCCUAAGGAAAAUAUGUAUAUGCCAUUAGUAAAGUGUGCACACAUAUUUUUACACAUACACACAUAUAUAUUGUUUUUAACAUACAUUAAAUACAUGCAGAUCUAUUUUAAUAUUUAUCUGUGAUAAGAGCAGCAAUAUAUUUCAGCUUUCAUUGUGUGUGAUAAAGUAAAAUAUAUUUUGAUAAAAAGUUAUUCAAAUAAAUAAGAUUUUGAAUUUUGACUAGCAAAUGUCUUGAAUAUUUUAGUGCUAGAUAAUCUAACACAUUUUAAGAUCAGCAGAACAGAUGGAGACCAUUGAAUUGGUAUAUAAAAAUUACAUGAUUUGAAGCCAUAUAAAUAAUGCUUUGGAGAUUAAAAUUGAUGUAAAACAGUUGUAAAUGCGAUUUAUUUGGGUGAGAAAUACCCAAGGGAUUGGGGAAAGGAAUUAACGUCUUUAAGUUGUU